AUGGCGCUUGUUAUGUUACCAUGCGAUCUACCUUGGUGGACUAAUGUACAACGUCAUCUCAAACAUCUGUUAGUCGCUUCAUCACCAGCAAAAUUAAUGACCAGCAUGUUAAAAAUCCACGAUAUGUGCAAUAUAGGAAUAGAUCCAGAUGACGACAUCAAAGAUCCAGAACUUAUGAAAGGAUUGGAAUUAUUUCUGGAAGAGGAGAUGACGGAGGAGGAAAGACGGGACUUCCUCGACAACACUAUCCGCAUCAUGGUGAACAGAGCACUACAUCUGAAACGGUGGCGCCCACCAAAAGGACUUAUGUUUAGUUUGCAGCAGCAAAGUGAUGUGACUGAAAUCGACUAUAACUUCUUAUCUUCACUCAUUUGUCAUGCGUUCUUUUCUACUUUUCCAAAACGCACGCUCAAAACACACCCAACAUUGCAAGACUUCAAUUUCACGCAUUUUUUUAAGAAUUUACACAGAAAAUCGCAAAGGAAUAAAUUAAAAAGUCUACUUCAUUACUUUGAAUGGCUGGAUAAAAAUAGCAAUGAGGGAUCUAUUAAAUUAAGUAGACGGGUAAUGACGUCCAAGCAGUGGUUGACAAUAGAGGACUGGUUAGAAUGUACGCUACCCUUGUGCAAGUUGCUGAUCAGACAUGAAGGGCGCCCAGAACGGUGCGAAAAUGAAGACGCUUUAAGAGUUUGCUUUGCAUCAAGUCGUAUUGGUGGCGAUGCGCUCAUUGAUGGUGAAUCACAGGAAUCCCUAUCAAUGUUUAUGAUGCCAGAACUCCUACCCGCUAUGCUUUCCGUUGAGGCUCUCGAAGACAACGAAAUUUUAAAAGUAGAAGGAGUUAGAAUGUUCAGCAGAAUAAGUGACAAACAACAGAAAAACAAUAUUGAAUUACUAGAAGAACCCAAAACAGUUACGGUUUGCCUUAUGGACGCAGAAGACUACAGCGCAUUACCUCUCGGUCAAUGGGAAGAAGACAAUGUACUACGAGAAUUGAAUAAAUGUCUUUUAGCCUUCCAACAGAGUCCCAUGAAAAGUCGAGACUCGCAAAAACAUGAAAGGCGGCUCUCACCUAUCGGUGAAUCAUUCAGCCAAACACCAGAAGUUGAAACAACUGUGAUGAUAAAACAAGCAUCUUCUUCAAGCACCUUGAACAGCAUAAGCAGUAGAAGUCCAUCACCGCAGCGAUACAGCGCUACUGAACUUAAUUUAAAUGAUCCAAGUGUAGAGCUACAAAAACGCAAAUGCUGGUUAUCUCCUGACGCGGGGACGCUCAACAACCGUCGUGGCAGGUUUAUAGUUCUUGGCUCCUCCGGCGAAUGCUUGCCAGUGACCAGGACCAUGCAUCCUAACCUCGAUACCCAGGAAGACAGCCUUUACUCGAGUUGCAACUCUAGCGAUGAUGAAUUCCACAGUGCCAAUGACAGUUUUGACUAUGGUAGUGAAGAUGAAGGCAGGGGAGAAAGCGCACAUCCAAAUUCAUUCCAAUACUCCAAAGAACUUUCAACUGAAGAGAGAAGAAUUAGUUUUGCUGACAGAUUGCGUGAAGCUCUUCGAAGAGAAGCAGAAAACUCUUGCACUACAAGCACAACAGGAGACUGGUCCACUGACAGUUCAAGUUACGCUGUCGGUAUUAGCAUAUCAGGCGCUGAAGUUAACGACAAUGAUAUUAGGGUAAAGAGAGGAGGCUCCGUCGGUUUUGUGUUAACGGAAAAAGAUAAUUUAGAAAACGGUAACAGGCCACCACGACUUCUUUCGAGAAAAGAAACAGGCAACAGUUCUAAAUACAGUUUUAGUACAGAAUACACUUCGGAAUUAGAAGAAGUUUACGAACAAUUUAACCAGUGGCUAAAUGAUCCAAUUGUAGAUAACGAGAGUUCAGAAAAUAAGAACAGAGAAUUGGACUCGCGAGAUUUAGCUGUGAUAAGAUUUGCUGGUUCACUUUUAAAACGAACGCUAAGCGAAUCGAUGGCGAGCGGCUUGGGCGACGGCGCGGACGUCGCGGAGCUCUAUGGGCGCGACUCGCGCGAACGGAGCGCGCCGCGCCGCCUCGCCCUCGCCGCGCGCUCUCUCUCGCUAGAACUGGCGCGCCAUCGCCACCGCCUCGCAGCGCAUUUGAAACGUAAAGUAAAAGAAUCGAUACCAGAAGAGUUGUUAGAAAGGAGUUCGAACAGCCCUAGAGAGAACGAAUCGAAUGAUAGCGAGUUAAGGUCACAGAACUCCUCAUCUGACACUUGUUCGACAAGAGUGUUGAAUCCGAUUGUGAGAAACAAAAAACUAAAUUGGGUAGUAAACAUGAUAGUUGAAACUAUUGAAGAAACGGUCGAAUGCGAACCAGUGACGAUAAAAUUAAAGAAACCGAAGUUAAACCAACUAGCACACAAGAUAGUAUCAGGCGGCUCGUGUCGCCCAGUGGCCACUGGCAACUGGGGCUGCGGACGACGACAGCGCGGCCACCCGCAACUCAAGCUUAUCUUACAAUGGCUGGCUGCCAGCGUGGCUGGUGUACCGGCCUUAAUUUAUUAUACAUUCGGGAAUGAAAAACUAUUCAAAUUGGAUACAUUAGUGAGGGUACUUACAGAUAGAAAAUGGACAGUCGGCCAACUAGCACGAGCGGUACUUAAAUUUGCGCAGCAAACUCUACUCGAACCAAACGUCAUUCCUGACAAUCACUCACUCUUCGACGAAUUAAUCGGAAUUGAAAAAAUUCCUGAUGAACAUUGAACUGUAUCCUACCUUUAAAUUCAUGGUUAUUACAAUUAUAGCUUUAUCGUACAUUGGAAUAUUAUUGACACUGUGAUGAUCCACAAUAUUACUUACUAUUAUAAAAAAAAACGUUUUCGAAAAUAA